CCCUGACUCACCCAAAAGCGCUGCUGUCUCCUGUCGCCAGGCUUUUGCGUGCAUCUCUCUGGUCGCCCAGUCCAGCUCAGCUCAGCCCGGCCCAGCCCAGCCCCUGCUCGCCUUCUGCAGUCCAAUCUCGUACCCUCGCUCACCAUGUCUGACCUUAUCAGGAUCGCUGGAGUCGUCGCUGUUGCUACCGCCGUCUGCAUCGGCGUACAGGCCCGAACUGAGGUGACCUUCACCGUCGCUGGUGUUGCCCUCGGUCUCGGCGUCCUGAUCUCGAUGCUCAAGGACAUUGGCGAUGUCCCUGUUAAGAAGGCGCUGACCUCUAUCAAGGAAUUCAAGAAGUUCCCCUUGAUCGAGCGGCUCGAUGUCUCGCCCAACACCGCCAUCUACCGCUUCAAACUGCCCACCCCUACCCACUGCCUGGGUCUGCCCAUUGGCCAGCACAUCUCCAUCCGUGCCGAUAUCGAUGGCAAGACGGUCACCCGCAGCUACACCCCCAUUUCUUCUGACAGCGAUCUCGGCCACUUUGACCUGCUCAUCAAGACCUACCCCAACGGCAAUAUCUCCAAGUACGUCUCCGAGCUCGAGAUUGGCGACUCGAUCGAGGUUGCUGGCCCCAAGGGUUUCUUCAACUACACCCCCAACAUGGUCAAGUCCUUUGGCAUGAUCGCUGGUGGAACCGGCAUCACUCCCAUGUACCAGAUCAUCAAGGCCAUCUUCGCCAACCCCAAGGACAAGACCGACGUCUAUCUGAUCUACGCCAACGUCAGCGUCGAGGACAUCCUUCUCAAGCAGGAGCUUGAUGAGCUGGCCGAGAAGCACGCAAACUUCCAUCUCCACUAUGUCCUCAACAACCCUCCUGCCAACUGGACUGGCUCGACUGGAUUCGUGACCAAGGAUAUCAUCGCCAAGCACUGCCCCAAGUACGCCGACGACGUGAAGGUUCUCCUCUGCGGCCCUCCUCCCAUGAUCAAGGCUCUGCAGACUGCCACCGAGGAGUUGGGCUUCCCCGCCGCCAACGCCAUCUCCAAGACCCCGGAUGCCGUCUUCAAGUUCUAAGGCCCCGUCGUGAAUUGUGCCUCAUUGUGCAUUCGCACUCACUACCUCCCCUCGCUCCCUUGGGAGCCAAUUGUUCACUCGAUAUUUGUCGAGUCGCGCGGUAAUGCCAAUACAGUCAUUCCAAAG